GGAAUGUAAAACAUGACAUUUUACAUUCUCUGAUUUCAAGGAAUAUGGAAAGGGAUGUAAUGUACUCACCUUGUUUACAUGAUUAAAACUGUUCAAUGCAGAUCAGUUAAUUCACCACAAUCAUAUUCCGUUGUUUACAUUCUUAAAUCAUCAUUCACUGCAAGUUGACCCUGUCUUAGCCGACAUCUGACAGCUUUACCCGAGAUGGAUGCGCGCACGUGCCUCGGAGGAGAUGAUUCCAGGCAUUCGGGGCCCAAUUACAUAAAUACAGCUGAAGUCAGCAUUGGACUCCUUACCGAUAUACACGUGUAAGUGGGUUACUCCGGGUUUAUAUGAAAUCCAACGGUAUGGUUUUGGGUUAAUAGCCUUGGCCUCCUGGGAGACGUUAACCCAAAUGAGCGAUUGCGUUAAAUUGGAAAUUAGGCCUAGCAAAGGUUAUGGCUUCGUGACGAAGGGGGGGGGGAACCAUCUCCGGCAAGGCAAGCGCGUCUUUGAACCAAACGGGGAACCGGCGGCGGUGCUUCGGGCCCGAAAAGGGCUCCUCCUCGUCACCGUCUGAGGAAGGCGAACGCCGUUCCUCUUUGCUCCGGCCGUCUGGGACGCCUCGGCCUGGCUGUGGGCUGACGCUGGUUGGCGACGGGAGGAGCACGUGAGUGGGAAGAAAGGGGGAGCACAAGGUCGGGUUGAGCGAGGGGGCGGCGGCGGCGGCAGCAGGAGUUUCCCCGACAUCUGGAGGUGUCGGCGGCCCCGCUUGGGAGCGAACGUCGGGCGGGAGCUGUUCGCCGCAGCAAUAGCGGCUGCAGCGGCUCCUCCUCCUGCUGCUGCUGCUUCGCCGAGUCCCUCCGCCUGAGUCGCCUCUCCGAGCCUCCGGUCGCUCCUCCUUACUGACAAAAACACAAAGGGCCGCAGCAGUCUGGAGACGCCUCUGUAGCCGGCAUGGGAGACAAGAAGAGCCCCACAAGGCCGAAGCGGCAGCCGAAACCUUCCUCCGACGAAGGCUACUGGGACUGCAGCGUCUGCACCUUCCGGAACAGCGCCGAGGCCUUCAAGUGCAUGAUGUGCGAUGUGAGGAAGGGCACCUCCACCCGGAAACCUCGACCUGUCUCUCAGCUGGUUGCGCAACAGGUUACCCAGCAAUUUGUGUCCCCUACACAAUCAAAAAAAGAAAAAAAAGACAAAGUAGAAAAAGAAAAAAGUGAAAAAGAAACUACUACCAAAAAGAACAGUCAUAAGAAAACCAGGCCCAGAUUGAAAAAUGUGGAUCGAAGUAGUGCUCAACAUUUGGAAGUUACUGUUGGUGAUCUGACAGUCAUUAUUACAGACUUUAAGGAAAAAACUAAGUCGUCACCUGCUUCAAGUGCAGCUUCUGCAGACCAGCACAGUCAGAGUGGUUCUAGUUCUGACAAUACAGAGAGAGGAAUGUCCAGGUCAUCUUCACCUAGAGGAGAAGCCUCAUCACUGAAUGGAGAAUCUCAUUAAAGUUUAUUUACUUCAGUUUAUUUAGUCUUUUGUCUCAAAAAAUUACAUAUAUACAACUUCUGCCAACAGUUACCGCAUUUUCAUGACUUAUUAUCACCAUGCAUGAUUAUGUUUACCUAGAUAUGAUUUAUGCAGUUUUUUACAAGCAGUGCUGCAGUGCAGUUAAAUUGCACUGCAAUCUACAAAACAUUUUUAGAUCAAUUUUUUAAUCUUCAUAUACAAUGGUGCCAUGAAAAUGUGGUUUGAAUAUGCUUGAUGCAGUGUUACUGGCAAGUCCUUUUCCUCUUUUACUUUAGUGAAUUUUAACAGAACUCUUGGAUUCUAUGCUAUUGGCAUGUACUGAAUGAAUUAAAAAAGCUGCCUAAAUAUGUAUUAUUUGAGAAUUGUGAAUCAUAGUUAUAUAUGUAUGCAAGUCAAAGAUCAACUUAAUCAACUAUUGCUGCAAAAGACUUUUCAUAAUGAUUAUCUUUAAAACACCUGCUGGUACUUGGUGUGGUUGAAUAGGAAAAUGCUAUUAAAUAUAACAUUUGUAUGAAUUUUUGCCAAUGUCCAACACAUUUUACUGGAUUAUUGUAACUGAAUAAUGUUGCUAGCUUCUCCAAUAUUUUCCUCAUACAUUUAAAACAUUUAUUGUUAAUGUUUACAAGCAAAAAAGUAAAUCUGUUAAAAACAUUGUUUAGCUUUAUAAUUCAAAUAUAGUACUACCUUGUCCUUAUACACUGGUAUUCUCUGUUAUAGAACAUAAAUUUAUUCUGAAAUUAUUAGUCAUCUUCUGUUUUUUUAAUUCUAUAUCUUAAAACUAUUGCUGAUAACUUUAAAAUCCCAAACAUGAUGCCAUCAUAAUUUAUAUUUUCUACUUACUUUCUCCGAGAUUUUCUCAGUGUUAUAGUGAUAUAUAUCUGUACAACAGGAGGCUGGGAUCCAAAGAGGCUUUUAAGUUUGUGUAUGAGUUUGUGGUUUAUUUUGUUUUGUUUGUGUGUGUGGUUUUUUUAGCCAUAGUUCUUUGCACCACACCAGAGAGCAUUCCCAAAGAUCUCCCAAGAUUGAAAAUGGGUAGUGCAGGGGACUGCAGUUGGAGGAGGUGAACUUUAAAAGCAAUGGUGCCUAUGUAUGGGUGUGAAAAGAACCUGUGCAGCCUUUAGGAUUCAGGCCAGUAAUAUUGAAUGUUUCACCAGAGUAAAUAAGUAAGCAAAUGCUAUAUGUAUUACAUUUGUUCCUGUAUCAGCCUUUUGCAUUUUUUGAAAUAACUUUUAUUAAAUAAUAUAGAGUAAA